CCUAACACAUCUUUCUAAUCAGAUAUAUAUUUUUUUCCUUUUCAAGUUUGUAUCAUUAUUUUAUUCUAUGCAUACAACUAGAAUUAAUAUACUGUGAAAUGCUAUUUGAAAAGUUAUUUCUUCCCUUUAUUUAUAUUUCUGUUCCUGAAUGUUUAACUGGGUUGGAUAUGCAGCCAUUGUUUUUUAUUCUGCCUAAAAUCAAGAUUUCACGGAUUGAUUACCAGUAACAGGGAUCCCUUGUCUGCUGCUCAGGAUGUCUUCAUUGAGAUACAUUUGCUGGAGGUAACCACAACGCACUACGGACAUUUUGUUACACCCUGGAGUGGACAUGGUCCACUGGGCCACUCAUCUGAUGACAUGUGUCUGGAUUCAGGCUGUAAUGUCUUCUGCAUUGGAUACUUGUCCCCCAACAGCUCCCAUUGCUGUGGACUUCUCAGUGCCGUACCCUAUGCCCUACUUUCAGACCAGGAACCCCAUCCAGAACAUAGUGACCAACUCCCUUUUCCAAGAGGUCUACGUGGCCUCACAGAACAUCAUUGAGGCAGUCAACAGCACUCUUGGUAAGCUAUGGCAACUCUGUACGGGGCCCGUGGGGAGCCCAGAGUGUGAAAUAUGUGAUUUGUGUGAUAUUGAAAAGGAUCCUUUCCACGAGAACACAGACAAUGAGGUGUUGUUACUGGACACAUUUCUUAUGUACCUGUACUCCUGUGGGAGUUCCCAGUACGGAGUUUGUUAUUUCCAUCAGCUCCAUGAGAAUGGAAGGCCUCCUGGCCCCUCCAAGUGUUUAUUUAGGAAAAAGUUCAACUCUCCUGACUUCUGUCCGGAUUGCAUCGCCAGUCCUUUGGGAACAAAAGUCUCCAUGGUGGAAGAGGGCCAAACAGUUUACUUCUUUGUUGCUGCAACCGUGAACGACAGCGUGACACAAAGAUACGGCCGCAUGUCCAUUUCUGUACGCCGACCGGUAGCAACCGAGGAUGGUUUUUACACUGAUGUCAGAGGGUUGACAGUUUUGCCUGGUCUACGCCAAAUGUACAGCAUUGAAUACGUCUACAGCUUCUACACGCAUGACUUUGUCUACUUCCUCUCUGUUCAAAAAGAGAGAACCGACUUGGAUUCAUCACCCUAUCAGACGAGACUUGGCCGUCUGCCACGCCACGAAUGGGAGAUGCGACGGUACCGAGAGAUUGUUUUAGAAUGUCGCUUUGAACCCAAACGGCGAAGGAGAAGCAAUGGUAGUGAGCCUUUCAAAGACGUGGUCUACAAUGUGGUGCAAGCAGCUCACUUUGGCAAGGCUGGGCGGGAGCUGGCAGAUGAGCUUGGUGCGGAAGAAAAGGAUGAUAUCUUAUAUGGUGUGUUUGCUGUAACUGAUGACUCAGGUGUUCCUGAACAUGACUCAGCACUUUGUGCAUUUCCCAUGGAUACGGUGAACACGGCAAUAGACGACGGAGUGGAGGACUGUUGCAAGUCGGGACCAGAGCAGCUCUCCAGGGGCCUUUGCCACUUUCAGCCAUGUGAGAGCUGUCCACAUGAGAGCAUGGAACACAACAUGACCUGCAGAGACCAGCCCACCUUGGUGUCUCAGCCAUACUACAGAGUGGACCUCUUCAACAGACAGAUGAGAGGUGUACUGCUCACCUCGCUUCUGGUCACCAGCAUCGAGAACAAAACAAUAGCUCAUAUAGGCACAUCAGAUGGGAGGCUACUGCAGCUUGUCCUGAGAAGGUCUAGCCCUAUAAUCUUUGCCAAUUACUCCCUUGUUGAGAACCAGAAGGUGUCAUCCACCGCAGCGGUUCUCCCCCUAGAACAUCUACUGUUUGUUGUGGGAGAUAAGAUGAUUCAGGUUCCUCAAAGAGGCCCCGGCUGUCGUCACUUUCUGACAUGUGCCAUGUGUCUGACCGUGCCCAAGUUCAUGGGUUGUGGCUGGUGCUCUGGCCAGUGUACCUGGGCAUCUGAGUGCAGGGCCCACUGGGGAAAUGAGUCAUGCCCGCCUGGCAUCACAGAGUUUUUCCCCAAGACAGCGCCCCCUGAUGGUCAGACUGAGAUGACUCUUUGCGGAUGGGAGUUCCAGUCGCCCCUGAGACCCGCUAUAACGACCAGAACCCAUGAAGUGAAGCUGGGUGAGACCACCUGUGUGGUCCAGCCUCACAAAAGCAACAGCACCCACCUAGUGUGCAAGAUCCGCUCUGGGGUGUCAGAGCCACUUUUUAAACCUGUGAACGUCACAGCCAAAGUGCAUGAAGGCCGAGUAGAAGGCCGUUACUAUAUUGAAGGAAGUGCAGAGAUGCCUGGAUUCACCUUUGUGGUUCCAAACAUCACUGAAGUUCAGCCUGAUUAUGGGCCUGUGAAUGGGGGAACCCUAAUCACCAUCACAGGCCCUUACCUUGACUCUGGGAAGAACAGGAAAGUUACUCUUGAUGGGGAAAUGUGUCCCAUCCAAAGUGUAUCUGUGGCCAGAGGAAAUCUGUCCUCUAUCAUUUGUCUCUCUCAGCUUGUAACAGAGGUAAAAGAUGUGGUACUCCGUGUCUAUAUUGAUAAAUCCCGUGUCGCCACCACUAAAGUCUUCCGUUACAAGAUGACACCUGAGGUUCUUGCCGUGCUGCCGGAUUGUAGCUUCGACAGUGGGUCAAGAAUCGUCAUUGAAGGCAGGAAUCUGGACUCGGUCUACAGAACUGUUAUUUAUUUUAAACCCAAAGAAAACCACCUAAAACCUGUUGUAACUGAGUGCAGGGGUAAAGCCAAUCCCACCCGACUGGAAUGCAUCACCCCUGUUUUCCAUCGAGAUGAGACUGAAGAGGGUGAGCUCUCAUUUGAUAUGGAUGGAGUGCUUGGCCUGUGGAAACAAGACUUCUCUUACCACCCCUAUGGCAGGCCCAUCCCGUUUGAGACUGAGGGUCACAUACUAAGACUUUAUCCUGGGUUUGAUGAAGUGUCCUUGCAUCACCAGAAGCUGAACCUUGUGAGUUCUUGCAUGUCGAUCACAAUGACGGUUGGAGAUGUUGACUGUGGUGCUACAGUUCUGGAUAAUGAAAUCACCUGCAGGAUUCCUAAUAAUCUCACCAUCCCAAGUGAGGGCUUACCUGUGAAGGUAACAGUUAACGGGUACACCCAUAAUGUUGGUACUGUAAUCUUGGUCAGUAACCACUACAUGGUUGGUAUUGUGCUUGGCAUACUGGCAGCUCUGGUGACUGGUGCGGUACUGGCCUUCAUUGUCCUAAAACACCUGAGAAAGCAGAAAAAAGAUUCGCUGACAGAGAAUCGCCUGUCUUAUUUUUCCCACAGUCGUUCCCGUAACAAUAGUGUGGAAUUAAGUCCCUUAGGAGACUACAGACGUGAACUACCCCUCACAACUAUUACUACACCCAGCGCGGCCGUGGCGUUUCCUGGCCUGGUCUAUACCGGUGCCCUGGACACAACCCUGACCCCACUUAUGCCCCCAGAGAAGAUUACCAUCACCAGCUUUCGCCCAGAGCUCCUGGAAGAGGUGAAGGAUGUGCUGAUCCCAGCCUCCAUGCUGAAGGUCCACCACCACCAAAUCAUUGGAAAGGGCCACUUUGGCACAGUUUACCAUGGUUACCUCACUGAUCACAACAACAGAGAAAUCCACUGUGCAGUAAAGUCCCUUAACAGAAUAACAGAUGUGGAGGAAGUAGAGCAGUUUUUGAAAGAGGGAAUUCUGAUGAAGGGUUUUCAUCACAGUAACGUUCUCUCUUUGCUGGGUAUCUUGCUUCCCGAAGAGGGGCUCCCUCUGGUGGUCUUACCCUACAUGAAACAUGGAGACCUGCGUCACUUCAUACGCUGUGAGAAGAGGAAUCCCACAGUUAAGGAUUUGAUAGGCUUCGGGCUCCAAGUUGCUAAAGGAAUGGAAUAUCUGGCACAAAAGAAGUUUGUACACAGAGAUCUGGCAGCACGCAACUGCAUGCUUGAUGAAUCAUACACAGUAAAAGUGGCAGACUUUGGUAUGGCUCGAGAUGUCCUAGAAAAGGAGUACUACAGCGUCCAGGAUCACAGGAAAGCCAAAUUACCCGUCAAAUGGAUGGCCAUUGAGAGCCUACAGACUCAGAAGUUCACAACCAAGUCAGAUGUGUGGUCUUUUGGGGUUUUAAUGUGGGAGAUGCUCACACGAGGUGCCAGCCCCUAUCCUGAAGUUGACCCUUAUGACAUCACACAUUACCUCUUAAAGGGACGGCGGCUGCCACAACCACAAUAUUGUCCAGAUCCAUUGUAUGCCAUUAUGUUACAAUGUUGGGACCCCGAUCCAGAAAGGAGACCAACCUUUUCUACACUAGUUUCUGCUGUGAUGAGUAUUUUGUCAAGCCUGGAGGGGGAGCAUUACAUCAGCCUGAAGGUCACCUAUGUCAACCUGGACCAGCCACGCCCCUAUCCCGCCCUAACAGACUCUGCCGAUGAAUACGAUUCAUCAGAUGCUGAUGCACGCUCAGUCUCUAGCUGAUUGGCUCACUGGUUUGGUACUCACAAGAAAGGGAACUCUUGCCUUGCUGACAAGAUUGUGGCUAUGUUUGGAAUUGCAUACUACCAUACUAUUUUAACAGUAUGAAGUAUGUAUACUGUUCACAGUAUGCAGAUACUUCUGUAUGCAUGGAAAACCCAGAAGAACUACUACAUUUGUCAAAAUAUGCAGUUUACACCACACUGAACGGGAUACUGUAUCUCGCAAUGGUAAUGAUAUCGACUUGACAUUCCAUUUCCUGUGUGAUGUAUAAACUGAAACCAUCGUGAUUUUAACAUUUCCUUUUAGACUCCAUUAUUUCAUCCGACAGCCAUAAGUUAAGAGGCAAAAGCAUUUAUUUCUUAAGGCGAUAACUGGACAACAACAUGCAGUGUGGGAAGGUCAAGUGACAACAGCAUGGCAUACUACCGUUUGAAACAUUUAACUUUGCGUAAUGCAUACUGAUUUGCAUACUAGUUUCUUUAGUAGGCAGUGUACAGUAUAUACUGGACAGUAUGCAGUACACCAGUAUUCUGUUCCAAAUAUAGUCCAAUAUGUGUCGGAAUGAUGAUCAAGGAACAUGUUGUUAAACUGGUAAAACAUCAAAACCCUAGAGCACUGUUUGACCAAUACAUGGCUGAGCUCUUAGUCACCAUCUAGCCUUGUAUGUGGUGUAUUUUCCAACUCAACUACAGCCAAAUAAUGAAGACGUUUUGACUGUAAAGUUGCAAAUAAGAUACCGGUGCAUGUCACUGCUAUAAAGGCAACAGUGACUGCACUGAAAGUGUUAACAUGCAUUUAUGUAUCACACUGAAGCACUGUCCUCCCUAGGAUAUAUUUGAGUUAUAGCGGAUGUAUAUUUAAUUUAUGUUAAGAUUACUUUUUUAUUACUUUUUUCUGUAAUUACAUAUACAGUAUAUAUAUCUUGGUCUGCACUUUAAUUUGAAGGUACAUUUGAAUCAAUGACCCUUUAUUUGGCUUGUGAUUAUAUCAGAUGCUUCUUGCAAAGAUACUUGGAAUGAGCCAGCAUUGAAAAGGAGUUGAACUGAAUGUAAUGUAUCAUUUGCAGGUUUUGCUUCAAUAAUGCAGGCUGUUGAAAUAAGUGAGAUUUUGAUAGUGGCAUUGAAGUUUGACGCACAUCUCAGAAUAAAGCCCAGUUUCAAGUUAAGAGUGUUUUUGUGUGUGCUUGAAUAAUCUUGGGUAAUUCUUAUGUUUUUAGAACAUUAAGAAAUUUAGCAUUGUGACAUUUUAUUAUAACAAAUUAGACAAUUUAUAACAAGUGAAGCACAUUUUACCCAACAUCCCCCAUUCUCAACUGUAAUGCAAAAAAUAAAUAAAUUAAUUAUAUCUAUCUAUAUAUAUAUAUAUAUAUAUAUAUAUAUAUAUAUAUAUAUAUAUACAGAGAGAGAGCGAGAGAGAGAGAGAGAGAGAUUUAAAUUGUGUACAAUAGAGCUACAAAUAGAGUACAAAUUCAACUCAAUUUGUAGAAGAACCGGAAGGCUAAUUUGCCAUGGUUUUGCUUUGGAAUGGUGUCCUAUAGGUUUUUAUGAUGCUUUUUUUUUUAAUUAUUAUUAUUAUGAGUAAAAUAAGGUCUGUGGUAAACAUUACUUGAAUACGUGGACUUGAAAUCUUGGACUUUUUGUUACACAAUCAUAUCUCAAACAUGAAUUUUGAAGUUGCCAUGUUUAAAAAAAAAUGUAAGUUGCUAAAUAAAGACAAA